AUGCUACCCACCAGGAAAUUUAUUCUCCGUAAUUCAGGUUCAUUGAUAAAGCAGAAGGUCAGUGACCGACGAAUAGCAAAUGUUUUCCAACGAAUUAUACGAGUGGGUGAAAAUCUACCAGAGUGUGUGUUAUAUGAAGAUUAUCCUACAAAUUUAGUACGAUUGCCUGAACUCUUAAUAGGAAAAUAUGCUGUCAUAUUCGGAGUACAUGGUGCUUUUACUCCAGGCUGCUCCAGAACCCACCUACCAGGGUACAUAAAUUUAGCUGACAAAAUGAAGAGUGACGGUAUCCAUGAAAUAAUUUGCGUUUCAAUAAAUGACCCUUAUGUGAUGGCUGCGUGGUCGGAGAAGUACCAUACAAAAGGAAGAGUUCGUAUGCUGGCAGACCCCAGCGGUGAAUUCAUUCGUGCGAUUGGCCUCGGCAUACAUAUGUCUGCGCUCGGAGGGUACCGUGCGAAACGCUUCUCCAUGUUUCUUGCGAACAACAUUCUCAAACAAUUAAAUGUUGAACCCGAUGGCACUGGAUUAUCUUGUUCUCUCGCUACUUCACUCGAUUACCAUAAGCACGUAAGUACAAAGGAAGGCCCUGAAGAUGAAAAUCCGAACAAAGUUUGA